AGCCGAAAAGCAACGAAUGCUUUCGGCUUCCUCCGUCCAUCACGUGAUCCAAGUAAUUGUGUGGAGUAAACAACGGAAGAUUCGAUGUGCGCAUGCGCAUGCGUAGUAUUUCGAGCAUCUCUAUCGACUAAAUGUACAAUGUUAGCCAAACGUUGGUUAUAAUGCAAAUGUAUGGGCAGUUGUACCCGCCCUGCUCGAUGUGGACGAUACUAUUUGAGUUUCCGAGCGACUUUAAUCACCGUUUCGACUGUGUAGUUGGUGCCUCGUCCCAAGUUGCUUAAAAACUCAACUACCCGUCAGCCCUCGGGGUUUUUGUCCGGAGUCAGGAGGCAGCCUUGUUCCGCUGCACUGACCGAGGAGCUCUGCUACUGUGGGACAUUUGACACAUGGCUCGUACUUGAGUGCACUCGAGCAGCAACUCUACCCGGGGCCGUGGGUCGUCAGCGGUGGGAAGCCUGUAGUGAAUAACCGCUGAAACUGCGGCGCUCACCAAGUUCACCAUGAUGUCCAUGACCUUUGGGGUGUCGAGCAGCGUGAUGCUGCUGUUUGACUUCUGGGAUGUGCACGGGCCUGUAGGGAUGCUGCUGUCGGUGUUCGUGGUCUUUCUGCUGACGGUCUUCUUCGAGUUGCUCAAGCUGGCUGCUGCAUGGUAUCCAGGCAGUCCUCCACAUGCUGCAGGUGUCUCUGGGCUACAUGCUGAUGCUGUGCGUCAUGUCCUACAACACCUGGAUCUUCAUCGGUGUCAUCAUGGGCUCUCUCCUCGGUUAUUUCAUCUCAUUCCCUCUCCUGGGUCAAAUCUGAUGGUAUGGACGGUUCAGAGGAUGUUUAUUUUCCACUUCUUCCCCCCUGAGUUACAUGCUCUGGAUACUAAAUGGGGAAACUACUUGAUUGAGGGGGGAGGGGGGGGGGGCAUGAAAGGGGAGUUCCUUGUAUGCUAACGAAUAAGUUGCACAAUACUAACGCACACCACUGUCGCAUAGAACUCAUCGAGAUCUGCAAACAGAAAUGCUGGUGCACAGAAUCAUUCUGAUUGUCAGUCUUCUGUCUCUCUUUGGUUUGUGACCGUAGGACACUUGUUAAAGGGACUCUAUAUGAUAUUCAGAGCAUUAAUAUAGCGAAAAAACAACUACUUGCUAUGUGAAUAUAGUGAAUUGAGCAGAGAAGGAAGUUCCUCUCCCACUGUCUGCGUUGUAAUCCAAUAUUCUCUGGGCUGUGUUUGCACAGCCAGUCCGGCCUUGCGUGUAUUUUAGUGCACGUGAGCGCCCCCCACUGGCUAGCUCAUGGCCGCCGUUCUGCACUGCACUCGUGCUGCGGUUUAUUCAUCCUAAAAUGCAUUGGAGUCGUCCACAGAGGUACAACCCACAUCAGUGAUGGGGGUCAUACAUAGCUCGUGGCAUAUUACUGUUUUUUUGUUUUCUUGGUCAACCUUGACAGACUUUUUAAACUACUACAGUUGUUUUACUAACUGGCUAACUAACAAUUAAAGGUGUUAUGUCACUACGGAUGAUUUUUAUUUUUUUAAAUGAGACUUUCAUGAAGAUUUUUCUGCCUUUUGCAGUGUGUGAAACUUUAAAGCAGACUCUCUGUUGGAGCUGAGAUUUACAGUCAGAUAUCAUAAGACAGGGCUCAGAUGAAGGAAGUGAAUCAUGUGCUAACUUCUCUAAUGUGUCAUCUUGGUUCAUUGACAGUCAUUCUCAAACGUAUGUCAUAUACGAUCAUGUGGUUCUGUGGCAAUCAUUGACAAACCAUGAGCCUGAGAAGAAAAGGAACCUUGAGGCUUACAUCUCGGGUGUUUUCUGUUCAGCUAUGAAGGUGACAAUGUUCCUCCAUUGGAAGUACUGGGUCUUAGGUAUGAAUCUAAAUGCAGCAAAAUCAAAAUGAGCCUUGGAUACAGCGUCAAUAGGCAGUGUCACAACAGGACACUUGCCUUUAUAACAUUGAGAGAAAGAGGAAUCGCAACUCUUCUCAGCAAUGAACAUCAGAUUGCAGCUUGCUCUUUUCACUACAGAUGGUAGUAAAGUAAAAGUGACGCUGACACUAAAAGAUGUAGGAACACUUGUACAGCUUCAAAGUUUCCUUUCAUUUUCUGGAAAUAAACUGAUAUGUAACUACAAAUUCAAUAAAAAGACACCUGGAAAGGACAAUGUCAUUUGAUACUUUGGUUCUAAUAAAAAAUGAAGAUGUAAAGAA